AUGUCUAAAUCUUUCUAUCUACAUGUUCAGAUCUUUUUAUCUGUCUGUUCAUAUCUAUAUCUAUCUUCAUAUCUAUCCCAAUCAGUUCAUAUCUACGUUACUCAUAUCUAUCCCAUUAAUCAUAUCUAUCUAUCUAUCUAUCUAUCUAUCCCAGUCAGUUCAUAUCUAAGUUACUCAUAUCUAUCUAUCUAUCUAUCUAUCCCAGUCAGUUCAUAUCUAAGUUACUCAUAUCUAUCUAUCUAUCUAUCUAUCCCAGUCAGUUCAUAUCUAAGUUACUCAUAUCUAUCUAUCUAUCCCAUCAGUUCAUAUCUAAGUUACUCAUAUCUAUCUAUCUAUCCCAGUCAGUUCAUAUCUGAGUUAUUCAUAUCUAUCUAUCUAUCUAUCUAUCCCAGUCAGUUCAUAUCUAAGUUACUCAUAUCUAUCUAUCUAUCUAUCCCAGUCAGUUCAUAUCUAAGUUACUCAUAUCUAUCUAUCUAUCUAUCCCAUCAGUUCAUAUCUAAGUUACUCAUAUCUAUCUAUCUAUCUAUCUAUCCCAGUCAGUUCAUAUCUAAGUUACUCAUAUCUAUCUAUCUAUCUAUCCCAGUCAGUUCAUAUCUAAGUUACUCAUAUCUAUCUAUCUAUCCCAUUACUCAUAUCUAUCUAUCUAUCCCAGUCAGUUCAUAUCUAAGUUACUCAUAUCUAUCUAUCUAUCCCAGUCAGUUCAUAUCUAAGUUACUCAUAUCUAUUUAUCUAUCUAUCCCAUUCAUAUCUAAGUUACUCAUAUCUAUCUAUCUAUCUAUCUAUCUAUCUAUCUAUCCCAGUCAGUUCAUAUCUAUCUAUCUAUCUAUCCCAGUCAGUUCAUAUCUAAGUUACUCAUAUCUAUCUAUCUAUCCCAGUCAGUUCAUAUCUAAGUUACUCAUAUCUAUCUAUCUAUCUAUCCCAGUCAGUUCAUAUCUAAGUUACUCAUAUCUAUCUAUCUAUCCCAAUCAGUUCAUAUCUAAGUUACUCAUAUCUAUCUAUCUAUCUAUCUAUCCCAGUCAGUUCAUAUCUAAGUUACUCAUAUCUAUCUAUCUAUCUAUCCCAAUCAGUUCAUAUCUAAGUUACUCAUAUCUAUCUAUCUAUCUAUCUAUCUAUCCCAGUCAGUUCAUAUCUAAGUUACUCAUAUCUAUCUAUCUAUCUAUCCCAGUCAGUUCAUAUCUAAGUUACUCAUAUCUAUCUGUCUAUCCCAGUCAGUUCAUAUCUAAGUUACUCAUAUCUAUCUAUCUAUCUAUCCCAGUCAGUUCAUAUCUAAUUACUCAUAUCUAUCUAUCUAUCUAUCUAUCUAUCUAUCCCAGUCAGUUCAUAUCUAAGUUAUUCAUAUCUAUCUAUCUAUCUAUCCCAGUCAGUUCAUAUCUAAGUUACUCAUAUCUAUCUAUCUAUCUAUCUAUCUAUCUAUCCCAUCAGUUCAUAUCUAAGUUACUCAUAUCUAUCUAUCUAUCUAUCUAUCUAUCUAUCUAUCCCAGUCAGUUCAUAUCUAAGUUACUCAUAUCUAUCUAUCUAUUUAUCUAUCUAUCUAUCCCAGUCAGUUCAUAUCUAAGUUACUCAUAUCUAUCUAUCUAUCUAUCUAUCUAUCUAUCUAUCUAUCUAUCUAUCUAUCAGGCUAUGGGUUAA